UUACUACUUUGCUAUAACUAAUUCUUUUCGUUUUUUCCGAAAACGAUCUCUAAUGCCAAAUAUACCGAUUGCAGGAACGUCCGAGUAUAGAAGAUAUUCUAAAAUAGGAGAGGGAAGGCAGAGCCAAGUUGAUCCUCACAACAAGACAGAACGGCAGGCCAAUUCGCCGGCCGAUCAUUGAACUCAGACCCCCGCGACAAUCCCAAUGACACCGCCAUACGGUUUCCUUCAUUCACAAAACUCUCCCAUCCCCACACCCUUGUUUAGUUCUCUUCCCCCCUGCUCCCAUAUUUUUCCACCCAAAAUGGAUCGGGCGAGAUUCACCGGUGGAUCAGCCAGAAGCUCCAUGACCAGCCACCACAAGAAGCCACCGGCGCCGGCGGCAGAGCACACCAAAUCAGCUGGCAUGCCUUCCCCUGACCUGACUGAUUUCAUGAACGACAUGUUAUUCGGAACACUCCAUAACGAUACCCAUAAGAAGCCUUACAACCUGACCGGACACCGAUGGGAAGACAAUGACGACGACGAGGAGCGAGGAUUCGACGACAGCAUCAGGAGCGACAGCAGCAAGUUGACUCGGGAAUGGCUGCACGAGGCCAGGCGGAUGGUCGCUUCCUCUCUAUCCCACUGCGACUCCCCUGCUAGCGCUAGACUUUCGACCGGCUCGAUUCUUGACAAGAGAGACCCUCUUUCCCGAUCCGCCAGAAGGAACAGAGCAACGGAAGGUUUCAGUGAAGAGAUCCUAACGAGAUCCGCGAGGCACAGCAGGAACGGGUCAACCGGGUCCGACUCGGUAGUUGACUCGUCCCCUGCAUCACAACAAGUCCACAAGUGGAUCUCCAAGAAUCUCAAGCCCCCAACUUCAAAUGGGUCUUCCCCUGAAUACCAAUCACCAAACAGUAAUAACGAUUCAGGGUCGCCUCUGUUGCCUCCGCCCCAAUCGACCAACAGGAAGGCUCGCUUCCGAUCUGAACCGAAGCCUUCGCAGCCUCCAUUGCCGCCACCUCAAGCUUCAUUACCGCAGGAUAUUCCUAGAAGGUUCAAGCAGGCUCCGCUGCCAGAGUCUACCGGUCAGGUGCUUUCUCCACCAAAGAAUCUCGUCGAGUCUGCUCACCAGAGGUCAAUCUCGAGAUCCACCUGUUCCAUCGAGAAAAUCUCUCCCAAUUUGAGCGGGCAGGAGGAUGGACUAGGAGAGGAGCAACAAGAGAUGAGUUUGAAUGGGUUCUUGAAAAAGCAGAGGGCCAAGAUUGAGCAGAUUAUGAACAAAGAUAUUGACGGGAAGGCCAAGAUCAUCCUCUCUGGACCUUGAAACUGUAUGUAGAAAAAAGGAACUCCCUUAUAGCCAAAGAAAAGAGAAAUUUGCAAAAAAGGUUAAUCGAAUAGGCAAGGGUUGUAAUGCAUUAUGGGAUUUUAGGUACGAGUUCAAUGGUGGGCAGCGAUUUGCUAUGCAUGGUUGAUGGAGAACAGGUUGAGGAAGAGCAAGGAAGAUGGCGGCGGCGAGGUAGAGACAUCGUAUGUAGUGGUGCCAGUGAUGAAUGUUAGGAGAGGUCGAAUGUGGAAACAGAGGCAGGUAGCUUGGCUGUUCCACCAUAAGCCGCGGAUUUAGUACAUAAUAGAGCACUGGUCCGCAUUUCAUUAGAAAAUUAGAUAUCGUUAAAAAAAUGAUUUUUUUUACAAUAUCAAUUGUACACGUCGAUCUUUUAAUCUAGCGAAUUCAUCAAUAAUGGAGUCUACAUCCAUACCAAUAGCAUACUACUCUCUUUCAAAUAAAAUAGUUGACGAUCGGAGAGAAAUUCAUCACUCAUUUUGUUGUACAAAUUAGUUUUCAUAUGUUCCAUUGUUGAAAAGGUUUUCUCCAUAGUAGUUGUUGAAACGGGCAAUGUCAACACUAGACAAAUCAAUUAACUAAUGAAUUUGUAUUUGUGUGUCCAUUCUUAUUUCCACGUUCCACCAGUUACUCUAGUGAUUUUUAAAGUGAAUAAACCUCAUAUUUCUUU